GUACACUCCACAGCUACGAAACGCUGCUACCUCACAGUGCCUUGAUACCAUGGGUCAUGCAGCUCCUAGUUUCAUGGGGGUAGCUCAUUGUCAUGGGUUUGGUAAUAAUCAGUUAAUACGGUUGAAUAGUGAAGGUCAGUUAGCUGUUGGGGAACGCUGUGUGGAUGCAGAUGGUUUAGGGAUUAAAUUGAUAUUCUGUCGUUUGGGAACAGUAGAUGGACCUUGGCAGUAUGAUGAGCAAAAUCAUGUUUUACUACACAAGCGUAUAGGAAAAUGUGCUGCCCUACACCCUCAGAAUAACCAGUUGACAUUAUUACCAUGUGAUCCAAUCAACAAUUACCAGAAAUGGCAGUUUAAAGAAAUCACCCCCAAGUGGUGAAGGCGUAAGCAAAGUUCUAAUAUUUUUCAGCAUUGAUUGAAGUAAGAGGAAGAAUGGUUUUUAAUUUGUUAAUGGAGUUGUAUUUUAUAUUUUGCUUGUGAUAGUACAGUAUACUGUAUAAUUAUAAUGUUAAGGAGCGUUGUGAGGCAUUUAACUGCACAAAUUUUUUGCAGGUUCUAAUUAUUAAUGAAUUAUUUUCACAAGUGUUGUUAAUAUUUUUUUUAUGGAGUGUGUAAGUACUGCAGAUUUUUUAUCACUAUAUGUUUGCUACAGCAGUUAUUAUUUUAUUGUUUUUCUUGGGAUUAAUAUAGAGAUUUUAUGAGGUUUGUAAACAGCAUAAGGUCAUGACUCAUACUGAUGGGACUUGUAGAAAUGUUUUUUGUCUAUUUAUUGAUCUUUUUAUAUAAUUUUAUGCUAUAGAUUUUAAAUGCUGGACUAAGUAGAAAUGUUUUGAUUAGG